AUGGCACGCACUCUCGAGCCUGCACGUGCACCGGAUUGCUCUAUUCUCGGACGGUGCCUUACCCUUGCGGCGCUGGUAGCACGAUUUCUAAAUCUGCCCGACGUUGGAUACAAUGCUGCGCUGCGCCGCUUCGACCACACACAACAGACACGACACGCCUCUGGUCCAGAUGAUUUCUUUGGCUCAGCUCAGUCCAAGUCCUCCUCCAUUCGACUCGGUACUCCACGACGGAAGGAGCUUUACGGCUCAAGUGCUGCGACUUUUCGAGAAGAGCUGCCCAGCGCGCACGGCUGCAUGUCAUGGGCGUGGAUUUUGGGCUUUGGACUUUGGAUUUUGGAUCAAAGACUAGUAUAG